ACUUCCGGGUGUGACGUUCCCAACGUCGCUCGGAAAGUAAUGGAAGUUGCUAGCGUACAAAAUCAGCUAAGCGGAGUGGCCGACGUAUUUUACAAUGUUUGCGAUAAGUUAAGAUAGCUUUUAACAGCACAGGAUACAUGGGACACGACUGCGGUGCACGUUUGAAUCGGUGGUUGCCCAGAAGGCAUCUUGAGGGCGUACUAUAACAUUGUCUUUGCUGUGGAUAGAGGAGCAAAAGCAAAGCAAAGGAGUGUCACAAAUACCAGAUGAUCGAGGUGAACGCCAGACUCCUCCGCAGUGUUGUGUAUGUGGCCGGUGACUGUGUCGACUGCCUUGUCACAUUCAAGAACACCGCGACCGAGAGCAAUCAUGAGCAGAAUAGAAACUGUCUCAAGAAAAGUUCUGCCAUCGAAAAUUUGGCAUGGGCAAGUGCUCAGAUCCAUUGCCACUGUGCGGUGGAUGAAGCCAAAGUUCUCUUCCCAAAGUCUCCUUCGCAAGAACAGAUAGCUACGGGGUCAACCGACACAUCGUUCAUUCCCUGCCGAGGUGAGAAGGGACACGUCGUAUUUUCGUCCAAGCCAAAAAUCUUGUUCUGCGAUUUAUGUCUAAUGCCUGGGGAGAGUAAAACAUUUGUAUAUAAAGAAAUGAUACCCACGUCAGUGCCUCCUUCGUACAAGGGACAAGCAGUGCGAUACGCUUACAAAAUCACCAUUGGAGCUCAAAAGGUGAACGCACUCACCAAGCUUCUACGAAUACCCAUUAAAGUAUUUGUAGUCAAAGGUAAUCAACUCAACCGUAAUCUGUGCGCUGUCACCUCGUGGAACAGCUGCGCUACAUACGAGCUGUUUCCGUGCAUUUCCGCAGAUCUGACUGAAGUGCUAAAAAGGCGUUUGGCGAAGUCUGUACCCCACAAUCCAUUUCUUCCUCAAGCUAGCAAGCAAUCUGUCCUAGAAAUUGCCUUUGAUUAUCUCGAAGAUCUCACCUCAAGGAGAAGGCCCAAUUAUUAUAACAUAACCCAUCAGAAUGGCAAAGUGGUAAGGUUUUGUCUUCUCAAGAGCUCCUUCAGGCUCGGGGAGGACAUAGUCGGGACGUUCGACUUUGCUGAAGCGACCAUACCGUGUGUACAGUACUCAGUGACACUUCAGAGUGAGGAAGAGGUGUUGGGAGAGUCCUCAGCGAACGGAGAGUCUCGUGUGACAACGUUAGGCUACUGCAAGCAGCACGAAUUUUGCCUGCACCUACGCACUACCCACCUGGCUCUUCCUGUGCCCGUUCACAUCACGCCUUCCUUCCGCUCUGAUAUUGUGGAACUACGGUGGAAGCUUCACUUCGAAUUCGUCGUCACGACGACGCCCGUCCCCCUCCCCGCUGCUAGAACGCCAUCUGGUAAUUGGCACGCGCCCGAACUGCUGGAGGUUCAGACUAUGGUGUGGGAUCUCCCCAUAUCUCUGUACCCAACGCAUCCGAGUCACGUUGCCAAUGCGAUUAAGGCGCCGUCUCAGGGUACACUCUACCUCUGCUGACACGUGGCUCCUCCACUUUUUCGUGCAAGCCUUCAUGGGGGUACCAGAGUGACUGGGACAAGUCCUCACAUUCCCUGUCACGAAGGUACUGCAAAGUCGGACGAGGUGCUGCCAUGACAGGUAUUACCGGUACCAUACCAGGUGCGCGUGACACUGCUGAGUGCUUGACAGAGGAAGGUGGAGCCUGCGUGGAUUCCUUUUUUAUAUAAUUGUACAGCUGUCAGUGUAAAUGACGUCACCCCCGUCUUAUUUUGUAUAUUGAGGAAUGGAUGCAGUGAUGUCUUAUGCAGCUUGGUUUAACUUACUGGAAUAAGUAACCUGUUUUUGUGAGCUAUCCAUAGGGCAUCUGACUGAUGUCUACUAUUGACAGUUGAAUUAUGGAAAAUUGCAACAGGAUACCACAUUUACUCACGUAUACGACACACAUUUUUUUUACCCGAAAACAUUGCGCCACUGAGGGGGCCACUUGAGGCACUUCCACUCCAUUCCGAGAUAUCCGCGACGGUCUCUCCGGAACCGAAAGGCACGAUUCUCCCACACCGAACGGCCAUUCGUGCUAUAAAGCGUAAACAAAAAAUACUCCUCGAUAUCCCUCGCAUUCAUCACUCUAGCACACUCUGGUGCUGCGAGAGACGAUCUGGCCGUGCUAAUAAAGUCUGGCUGAGUUUAAUGUGCAGGGAACAAAAAGUACCAGCAUUUUGGCGUCCAAUGCGCGAGUAAAUGCGGUAUAUUUGAGAACAUAUAUGAUGACCCGUCCUCCCAAUGUAGUUGAGAUUUUCGUUAAAGGUAAUAAUGCUUUUGACGCUUUUCGUUGUAAGAACAACAAAUCUGCUCAAUUCCCCAUAGCAAAGCACCACAGCUAUAAUGCAGUGUUUCCAUUCUCACCAAAGUGUGAAUUUGACUGCCUUUACAUCCCAACACGUAGAUGCCAAGGUCCACGAAAAUAGGCAAUGACAUUGCUCACACAAUAUAGUAUGACGAAUAUACAUAGUCGCAUGAAGUAUGUGCAGUCUGGCUGCUGCUGUUCCGAUUUUAUGAAUACAUGCGCGACGUAUAUGCUUUCUGCAGUAGAAAUCGUGUUUUACUGUUUUAUUAUUAAGCUAUCAUGAUUUUUACUGAAAUGUAUGAUGAAAUGUAUGUACAUAAAAUGGCAAUAGAUGCAUGGAUGAAUGUGUUUGACAGAGCAAUACAUACUGGCAUUAAUAACUGGGUUUUAAAAGAAAAAUAGAUACAAAUAUGUGCUGUCUUCUCUCUCAUUUUUUUUUAAUUUUUUUUCUUCAAUAGCCUGUGACUGUGCAGAAGCCUCUUCAGUCAUUUGAUCUAGGGGAAAUAAGUACUUGGGCUGUGCAAAUAAUUAAUUUUACAGUAAGUGAAUUGAAAUUUUCGAUUUGAAUAGAGAUUUUUGAUAAUACGUACAUAUAUUUUGAUUAUUUUCCCAGUGUUCAGAUACCUACACCAGCAACAGCAUGAAAUGUCAGCAACCAGGCCCAAUCCCAGCAAGUUAUAUUUAUUGUUGUAGUCGUACAAAUGCACACAUGUUCUGGAAGUCUUGCUUUGCCAGAGCAGCGUCGAUAUUCUUUGCACAGGCCUACUCAGUUUGUUUCAAAUAUACAUCUUUGCAGCUGAAGCACGAGCCUGUGCUUACAGAUAUAAGGACAGAAAAUGAACAAUGAAGCGUUAAAUAUAUUAUGUUGGAUGUGUAGGUUUAUAGGACUGGUGUCUGCAUUUGAUAAGAAGACUAGAAAAUUCUUAAUUCUUUUCUGCACAGCUUUAAUGAGCAUGUAGACCAGGUUUGGUAAUAUGUUUACACUUAAUGAAUGUGGCAUAUUUACACACAUAAUCUAUUAUUAGAUGUCCAAGAUCUGAGUGUGUACGCUAACAAAUACUAUAUCGUUGUGGAACUUUAUGUUCAUUUUGUGAGCCGUAGUAGAAGAUAUGUUUACACCAGUAUUCCUGUUUUCAGGCUGCACGAGGCAGCACAGAUAACUUGUGCCAAUGGUCGAGAUUUUGCUUACAUCGUUUCUCUCUUUUUAACACGUUUAUAUUGCACCACUGGGAACCAGUUUUGAAUGUUGUAGAGUGAUGUGCAGGAUAUGCAGCUGCAUGGAGCUAAGAUGUGCAUGUUUCUAGCAUUUUGCCCACAAAUGUACAUAAAAAAUCGCAUUUACAAGCAGUGAUUAAAACGAGUCAUGUAAUGGUGCCGCUUUCA